UAUUUUCUCAGGUAGGAACCAAGGUGCACAGAUUUUGUUCUACCGGACGGAGUGCCCAGGCGCACAUAUGUUCACCGUUUCCCUGACAACAACAUUACGUUCGUAUUUACCGUACACGUUAGCGAUUUACUGAAACGGCAUGGACAUCCAGGAACGAAAUGUCCGGAGCUGUGGAGAAAACAUCGUAGAAAUGGUUGACAUGGACGAAGAAAACUUUGCUAUUUCCAGUUCCUCAGCUGCAGACAGUGCUUUUGAUGCCGUUAUUGGCUGCAUAGAGGAAAUCAUCAUGGAGGAGGAGUUCCAGCAGCUUCAGCAGAGCUUCAUGGAGAGACAUUACAUGGAGUUUGAGGACUCUGACGAGAAUAAGCUCAUCUACACAUCCAUCUUCAAUGAAUAUGUUGACCUGCUGGAGAAACACCUGGAGCAGCAGCUGAUGGAGAGGAUCCCCGGCUUCAACAUGAACACGUUCACAGAGCUGCUUGUGCAACACAAAGAAGAGGUGCCAGGUGACAUCUUUGAAAUGCUACUCACGUUCACUGACUUCAUGGCCUUCAAGGAGAUGUUUCUGGAAUACAAGACUGAGAAGGAGGGCCGAGGCCUGGACCUGAGUCAAGGACUGGUGGUCACAUCUCUGAUUCCUGCAGGCUCCAAACAGACUGACUCCACUGGAUCUCAGUGACACACUUACAUACUGUGUCCAACACUUGAAUUGCCUCUCCCUCCAUUUGUUUAUAUAAAAGUCUGUCCACAGGCCUUCAGAAAGCUGUACUCUGAUGGUGAGCUGCUGGAUACACUCACCAUAAACCUACUCUGUCUGUGUACAAACGGCAGCAAACUAACGCAUGCAUUCCUCUUUGUUUUUUGUUCUGGGUGGGAUGCUAUGCAUGUUUAAGAGCUUCUUUGUAGUUCAGAGGUUUUGGCUUCACUCAUGUUUUUAUUAACAUUUAGCAUUUCUUUAUUCUGCCUUGCUGGGGAGUGGGGGGCCUAAAGCUCUCAGGUGCAGGUAUUAGACUUGUGUUUGUGUUUUUCAGGUGAUCCUACUGGUUGUUAUGUGAAAGGCACCAACAAAUCUCCUUGUAAGCACGAGGAAACCAUUCCAUGUGAUUGAAUGUUUGAAUCUUCCUUCUUUGCCUUGAAUUUUGUUCCAUAAGAAGAGAAUAUAGCAGAGCUAAUAUAGAUGUUUUAUGAAGUUUUAAUUUAUUUGGUUAGUUUGAAAACUCAUUGGAUUGAGUUUUGUGACUGUGAAAGUGUUUUUUAUUGUAUAUAGUGAUUGUGUGUGCUUGUGUGUGUGCAUGUGUGUUUCUGCAAUUUUAAAUUACAUCUACAGUAUAGUUUUCAGUACACAGUGUUUUCUACUUAACAGAACAGCUGUAAAUGUACAAGUAUAUUUAUGUGACUGGUGAAGUACUGUUGAUUGGUUAGUAAAAAAUAUUUUUCAAAUAAAUGGAUAAAAGCCUUA